GAGAGCGCGGCCGGGACGGUUGGAGAAGAAGGCGGCUCCCGAAGGGGGCGCGACAAACUGCCGUAACUUCUGCCGUUCAGGAGCCCGGUUACUUAUUUAUUUGUUACCUUUUUUCUUUUUCCUUCCCCCGAGAACCUUCUCCUCCCCCUCCUCUUUUUUUUUUUUCUUUUGUGGGAGACGAAAAAUCUCCGGAAAGGCGGAGAAGAGCUCCUUUCGCUCCUUUUCAUUUCCCCGCCUUCGUCCCUCCCCCACUCUUCCCUCUUCCAGCGGCUUUUUCCUCCCAAUUCGGGAGGUCCUUCUCGGUGGCCGCCCCAACGGGGUCUGAGCACCUAGGCGGAGGCGGCGCAGGCUUUUUGUAGGGAGGUUUGCGCCUGCGCAGCGCGCCUGCCUUCCUUCGCGAUGCACGGGGGAGGCGCCCCCUCUGGGGACAGCGCAUGCCCGCUGCGCACCAUCAAGAGAGUGCAGUUCGGAGUCCUCAGUCCGGAUGAACUGAAGCGAAUGUCUGUGACAGAGGGUGGUAUCAAAUACCCAGAGACAACUGAGGGAGGCCGCCCCAAGCUUGGAGGACUGAUGGAUCCAAGGCAGGGAGUGAUUGAGCGGACUGGUCGCUGCCAAACAUGUGCAGGAAACAUGACGGAGUGCCCUGGCCAUUUUGGCCACAUUGAGUUGGCCAAGCCUGUCUUCCAUGUGGGCUUCCUGGUGAAGACCAUGAAAGUCUUGCGCUGCGUCUGCUUCUUCUGCUCCAAACUGCUCGUGGACUCUAACAAUCCAAAGAUCAAGGACAUCCUGGCUAAGUCCAAAGGACAGCCCAAGAAGCGUCUCACACACGUCUAUGACCUUUGCAAGGGCAAAAACAUCUGUGAGGGUGGAGAGGAGAUGGACAACAAGUUUGGUGUGGAGCAGCCUGAGGGUGAUGAAGAUCUGACCAAAGAAAAGGGUCAUGGUGGUUGUGGGCGGUACCAGCCCCGGAUCCGGCGCUCAGGCCUGGAGUUAUACGCAGAAUGGAAGCACGUCAAUGAGGACUCUCAGGAAAAGAAGAUCCUCCUGAGCCCUGAGCGGGUGCAUGAGAUCUUCAAGCGCAUCUCCGAUGAGGAGUGUUUUGUUCUUGGCAUGGAGCCCCGUUAUGCGAGGCCUGAAUGGAUGAUCGUCACUGUGUUGCCAGUGCCCCCACUGUCUGUGCGGCCUGCUGUUGUCAUGCAGGGCUCGGCCCGAAACCAGGACGACCUGACUCACAAACUGGCCGACAUUGUGAAGAUCAACAAUCAGCUUCGGCGAAAUGAGCAGAACGGUGCUGCUGCUCAUGUCAUUGCAGAGGACGUGAAACUCUUGCAGUUCCAUGUGGCCACCAUGGUGGACAACGAGCUGCCUGGCUUGCCCCGUGCUAUGCAGAAGUCUGGGCGCCCCCUCAAGUCCCUGAAGCAACGGUUAAAGGGCAAAGAAGGCCGGGUGCGAGGGAACCUGAUGGGCAAGCGUGUCGACUUCUCGGCCCGCACAGUCAUCACCCCCGACCCCAACCUCUCCAUUGACCAGGUUGGCGUGCCCCGCUCCAUUGCCGCCAACAUGACCUUUGCGGAGAUUGUCACACCUUUCAACAUUGACAGACUUCAGGAACUAGUACGCAGAGGGAACAGCCAGUACCCAGGAGCCAAGUACAUCAUCCGAGACAAUGGUGAUCGCAUUGACCUGCGUUUUCACCCUAAGCCCAGUGACCUUCACCUGCAGACUGGUUAUAAGGUGGAACGGCACAUGUGCGAUGGGGACAUUGUUAUCUUCAACCGGCAACCAACUUUGCAUAAAAUGUCUAUGAUGGGGCACAGGGUUCGCAUCCUUCCUUGGUCUACAUUUCGCUUGAAUCUUAGUGUGACAACUCCAUACAAUGCAGACUUUGAUGGAGAUGAGAUGAAUCUGCAUCUGCCACAGUCCCUGGAGACAAGAGCAGAGAUCCAGGAGCUUGCCAUGGUGCCGCGCAUGAUCGUUACCCCCCAGAGCAAUCGCCCAGUCAUGGGCAUUGUGCAGGACACGCUCACAGCAGUGCGCAAAUUCACCAAGAGAGAUGUUUUCCUGGAGCGGGGUGAAGUGAUGAACCUCCUGAUGUUCCUGUCUACUUGGGAUGGGAAGGUUCCACAGCCAGCCAUCCUCAAGCCUAGACCCCUGUGGACAGGCAAACAGAUCUUCUCCCUCAUCAUCCCAGGCCACAUCAAUUGCAUCCGUACCCAUAGUACACACCCUGAUGAUGAGGACAGUGGCCCUUACAAGCACAUUUCUCCAGGGGACACCAAGGUGGUGGUGGAAAAUGGGGAACUGAUCAUGGGCAUCUUGUGUAAGAAGUCUUUGGGCACGUCAGCUGGCUCUCUGGUCCACAUAUCCUACCUUGAGAUGGGUCAUGACAUCACGCGCCUUUUCUACUCCAACAUUCAAACUGUCAUUAACAACUGGCUCCUUAUCGAGGGUCAUACCAUUGGCAUUGGGGACUCCAUUGCUGAUUCUAAGACUUACCAGGACAUUCAGAACACUAUUAAGAAAGCCAAACAGGAUGUGAUAGAGGUGAUUGAAAAAGCUCAUAAUAACGAGCUAGAGCCAACUCCAGGGAACACACUACGUCAGACGUUUGAGAAUCAGGUCAACCGCAUUCUCAAUGAUGCUCGAGACAAGACUGGUUCCUCUGCCCAGAAAUCUCUGUCUGAAUACAACAAUUUCAAGUCUAUGGUGGUGUCUGGGGCUAAAGGUUCCAAGAUCAACAUCUCCCAGGUCAUUGCUGUCGUCGGGCAGCAGAAUGUGGAGGGCAAGCGGAUUCCGUUUGGGUUUAAGCACCGGACUCUGCCUCACUUCAUCAAGGAUGACUAUGGGCCUGAGAGCCGUGGCUUUGUGGAAAACUCUUAUCUGGCCGGCCUGACACCUACAGAGUUUUUCUUCCAUGCCAUGGGAGGUCGUGAGGGGCUCAUUGACACUGCUGUCAAGACUGCUGAGACUGGAUACAUCCAGCGGCGGUUGAUCAAAUCCAUGGAGUCGGUGAUGGUGAAGUAUGAUGCAACUGUGAGGAACUCCAUCAACCAAGUGGUGCAGCUUCGCUAUGGGGAGGACGGCCUGGCAGGCGAGAGUGUGGAGUUCCAGAACCUGGCUACCCUUAAGCCUUCUAACAAGGCUUUUGAGAAGAAGUUCCGCUUUGAUUAUACUAAUGAACGGGCUCUGCGGCGCACUCUGCAGGAAGAUCUGGUUAAGGAUGUGCUGAGCAACGCUCACAUACAGAACGAGCUGGAACGGGAAUUUGAACGAAUGCGUGAGGAUCGGGAAGUGCUCAGGGUCAUCUUCCCAACUGGUGAUAGCAAGGUUGUCCUUCCCUGUAACCUGCUGCGCAUGAUCUGGAAUGCUCAGAAAAUCUUUCACAUCAACCCUCGCCUGCCUUCUGACCUGCACCCAAUCAAGGUGGUAGAGGGCGUCAAGGAACUGAGCAAGAAGCUAGUGAUUGUAAAUGGGGAUGACCCCCUAAGCCGGCAAGCUCAGGAGAACGCCACAUUGCUCUUCAAUAUCCACCUACGGUCCACACUCUGUUCCCGCCGCAUGGCUGAAGAGUUUCGGCUCAGUGGAGAGGCCUUCGACUGGCUGCUUGGAGAGAUUGAGUCCAAGUUCAACCAAGCCAUUGCCCAUCCUGGGGAAAUGGUGGGAGCUCUAGCUGCACAGUCCCUAGGAGAACCUGCCACCCAGAUGACCCUGAACACGUUCCACUAUGCUGGUGUAUCUGCCAAGAAUGUGACGCUAGGUGUGCCCCGACUUAAGGAGCUCAUCAACAUUUCCAAGAAGCCAAAGACCCCCUCUCUUACUGUUUUCCUGUUGGGCCAGUCUGCUCGAGAUGCUGAGAGAGCUAAGGACAUUCUGUGCCGCCUAGAACAUACAACAUUGAGAAAGGUGACUGCCAACACAGCCAUCUACUAUGACCCCAACCCCCAAAGCACAGUGGUAGCAGAGGACCAGGAGUGGGUGAAUGUCUACUACGAGAUGCCGGACUUUGAUGUGGCCCGGAUCUCCCCCUGGCUGUUGAGAGUGGAGCUGGACCGGAAGCACAUGACAGACCGAAAGCUGACCAUGGAGCAGAUUGCGGAAAAGAUUAAUGCUGGCUUUGGCGAUGACUUGAAUUGCAUCUUUAAUGAUGACAAUGCAGAGAAGCUGGUGCUCCGCAUCCGUAUCAUGAACAGUGACGAAAACAAGAUGCAAGAGGAGGAAGAGGUGGUGGAUAAGAUGGAUGAUGAUGUCUUCCUGCGCUGCAUCGAGUCCAACAUGCUGACGGACAUGACCCUGCAGGGCAUCGAGCAGAUCAGCAAGGUGUACAUGCACCUGCCUCAGACGGACAACAAAAAGAAGAUCAUCAUCACUGAGGAUGGAGAAUUCAAGGCCCUACAGGAGUGGAUCCUCGAGACUGAUGGUGUGAGCCUGAUGAGGGUGCUGAGCGAGAAGGACGUGGACCCUGUGCGCACUACCUCCAAUGACAUCGUGGAGAUCUUCACGGUGCUGGGCAUUGAGGCUGUGCGGAAGGCCCUGGAACGGGAGCUGUAUCAUGUCAUCUCCUUUGACGGCUCCUACGUCAACUACCGGCACUUGGCUCUCCUGUGUGAUACCAUGACCUGCCGUGGCCACCUCAUGGCCAUCACUCGGCAUGGCGUCAACCGCCAGGACACUGGACCGCUCAUGAAAUGUUCCUUUGAGGAAACGGUGGAUGUACUCAUGGAAGCAGCUGCACAUGGGGAGAGUGACCCCAUGAAAGGGGUCUCUGAAAAUAUCAUGCUCGGCCAGCUUGCCCCCGCUGGCACUGGCUGCUUUGACCUCCUGCUGGAUGCAGAGAAAUGCAAAUAUGGCAUGGAGAUACCCACCAACAUCCCAAGCCUGGGGGCUGCUGGACCUACCGGCAUGUUCUUUGGCUCAGCGCCCAGUCCCAUGGGAGGAAUUUCUCCUGCCAUGACGCCUUGGAACCCAGGUGCCACUCCAGCCUAUGGCACCUGGUCCCCCAGUGUUGGGAGCGGAAUGACCCCAGGGGCAGCUGGCUUCUCUCCUAGUGCUGCUUCAGAUGCCAGUGGCUUCAGCCCAGGAUACUCUUCUGCCUGGUCUCCCCCACCAGGCUCCCCGGGCUCUCCAGGCCCCUCAAGCCCAUACAUCCCCUCACCAGGUGGUGCCAUGUCUCCCAGCUACUCACCAACAUCUCCUGCCUAUGAGCCCCGCUCCCCAGGGGGCUAUACUCCCCAGAGCCCUUCUUACUCCCCCACUUCACCGUCCUACUCCCCUACUUCUCCAUCCUAUUCUCCAACCAGUCCUAACUAUAGUCCCACGUCUCCUAGUUAUUCACCAACUUCCCCCAGCUACUCACCGACCUCCCCUAGCUAUUCUCCGACCUCUCCGAGUUAUUCUCCGACCUCUCCGAGUUACUCUCCCACUUCUCCCAGCUACUCCCCAACAUCACCUAGCUACUCCCCAACCUCUCCUAGCUACUCCCCAACCUCUCCCAGCUACUCCCCAACCUCUCCCAGUUACUCACCUACUUCACCCAGCUAUUCGCCCACCUCCCCCAGCUACUCGCCAACUUCUCCAAGCUACUCGCCAACUUCUCCAAGCUACUCACCGACUUCCCCAAGUUACUCACCCACCAGUCCUAACUAUUCUCCAACCAGUCCCAAUUAUACCCCGACAUCACCCAGCUACAGCCCCACCUCACCCAGCUACUCACCCACCAGUCCCAACUACACACCAACCAGUCCUAAUUACAGCCCCACCUCGCCAAGCUACUCUCCAACUUCGCCCAGCUACUCCCCUACCUCUCCCAGCUAUUCUCCUUCAAGUCCACGAUACACACCACAAUCUCCAACCUAUACCCCAAGUUCUCCCAGCUAUAGCCCAAGUUCUCCAAGCUACAGCCCCACUUCACCGAAGUAUACCCCAACCAGUCCUUCUUACAGCCCCAGCUCACCAGAGUACACCCCAACCUCACCCAAGUACUCGCCUACCAGUCCCAAAUAUUCGCCCACCUCUCCCAAGUACUCUCCUACCAGCCCUACCUAUUCACCAACCACCCCAAAAUACUCGCCAACAUCACCUACUUACUCACCAACCUCUCCUGUUUACACCCCAACUUCCCCUAAGUAUUCACCUACUAGUCCCACUUACUCACCCACUUCCCCCAAGUACUCGCCCACCAGCCCCACCUACUCCCCUACUUCCCCCAAAGGCUCUACCUACUCUCCCACUUCCCCUGGCUACUCGCCCACCAGUCCUACCUAUAGCCUCACCAGCCCGGCCAUCAGCCCAGAUGACAGUGAUGAGGAGAACUGAGGGUGAGCAGGUCCCAGCAGCAGCAGCUGGCUAGAGAGAAGGGUGCCUCCGAUUCCUCAGACCUCUUGCUUCCCUCGCCACCUGUAUCUACCCUAGCCCUCUUGUACAUAAGCCCUGUGACAGUUCCCAUUGAAGUUGUGGAUUCCAUGUGUGAUGGGCUUUUUGUCUUGUUUUCUAAGUGUGCUUUCUCAGAACCCACUUGCCCACUUGUGGUUUCUCUUCCCUACCCCUUCCACCCCAGGCCUGUCCCCACAUUGAGGAUCCUUCCUUGCCUGUGGCUCGAUUGGUGGUAAAGGGUGUUUUAACUUCUUAGGGGUAGUUCCUGCAUUGGAUCAUUACAUUGGAUCCUCAGAACAAACAAAGCUAACGCUGCCUUUUGUGUGUUGUUUUAUUUUUUGAAGUUUAAAUAAAGUUUACUAAUUUUGACCAAAAGU